AUGGCGCGUAAUGUGCUUAAAUUAGGUGCGUUAGAGGCGCAGAGGACGGCGUUUUUCCUAUGUGACAUCCAGGAAACAUUUAGACCACACAUAAAACAUUUCGCCGAAAUUGUUAAAGUCGCGAAUAAAAUGGUGGAAGCAGCCAAGCACUUCAACAUUCCAGUGUAUGUCUCCGAGCAAUAUCCAAGAGGCCUUGGACACACAACUAAGGAAAUAAACACUGAUAAGGUCGCUCUAGUGUAUGGAAAAACUAAGUUUUCCAUGUACACUCCAGAACUACAAGCUAAAUUGAAAUCUGAUAUACCCAAUUUGGGUUCCGUAGUACUAUUUGGAAUUGAGGCACAUGUAUGUAUUGAGCAGACAGUGAUCGAUCUUCUUAAUGAAGAUUUAACUGUUCAUGUUGUUGCCGACGGUGUGUCUUCAAGAUCGCUACUCGAUAGAAGCCUCGCUCUGCAGCGUAUGCAAUCUAUCGGCUGCUUCGUUACAACAGCCGAAAAUGUUUUGUUCAAAUUACUAAAGGACAAAGAGAACCCCGUAUUUAAAUCGAUAUCUAAAAUGAACAAAGAACCUACAUUGGACACAUUUUUUAAUAUAACUGCUAAAAUAUGA